AAUCUCUGAUUUUUUUCACCAUUUUUUUGAAUUACGAAUUAAUCAUGAAAGUCACUUUAUUGUGCAAUUUAGUAUGCAUGCUUUCGAAACAAAAAUGUGAAAAUGUCCUAUAAGCCCGUAAUUAUAGAUGACAGUGUAAGCCAAUACAAAAUCCAAAUUUUAACAAAUUAAAUGGCUUAGAAGUCGUCGUUUGGUGAAACUUUUAAUUUUGUAACUAAACUAAUCUGUUCACCAAGCUUGACCAGCCCGUUUUGGGUUGAAUAUAUCGAAUAAUGUCUCUAAGUAAAUUGUUUAUCGAAAAAGUGACCAAGAAAAAUUUACGAUGCUCUGAUCUAUAUCAUCCCGGUGAAAGUUGUUUAAAAUUCAAUUUUUAUCUCCUAAAAAAUACAUGGAUUCAUUGUGCAAAGUUCUAUGCUCCAAUUGCAUUGCUCCCGCUGGUGAAGAAACUAAACAGUGUGCAGUGGACAGAAGCGAAAAAAUCUUUGAGCUUUUACAUUAACUUGAUUGUGGGAACAAUAAUACCUUCCGCACUAACCGUCUCAUUGGUCUGUGUUCUUAGCAACUACUUCGGGAGAAUAUAUCUGUCGACGUUAAUUUACAUUCCCAACUUAAUUAUGACAACGUUGUAUGUGCCAUGGAUGGAUCAAAGAGUGGCAAAUACAUUCGGGAACAUUUUGUUAGUGGUGCAUUUGGAAGCGCUAAUAAGAGAAGGUCGCACUUCGUUCUUGCGGUUACUAAGAGAUUCAAAGUGGAUACAAACUAUUUUGUUUAUGGGUGCCAGUUCAAUAGUUGUGGACACCAUGAGUUCAAUGCCAACAAACAUAUUUUGGUUUAUAAAUCCGCGUCCGAAAGAAGUAUGUACGGAAAAUGAUUUCGUCGAACGUCUGGUAACGGAUAAAGUAUUACCAACAAAAUCAAGUAAUUGCGAUCAUAACUCCAGCUGCAAUCAACACAUUUGGCGAAGCACGAAACAAAUUUCAAUGACAAUGAUCGGAUUCGAAACACUCCGUGUAAUUUUGACCAACAUUAAAACCAUUUCCGUUAACCCUUUUGGAACAGGAAAACUUUUGAAAAGUAAAAUAAAUUUUCCGUUAAUGGUCAUGGUCAGUGGAUAUACUACAGUUUACCACAUUUCCAAAUGCAUUCAGAAUCGUCUAAGCAGAGCAAAAUCGAUGCCAACAUCACGUUACACAAAUUUAAUGUCAGGAUUUUUGUGUGGUUCCGUUUUUUGGUUAAACGCCGAUUUGUCGCUGUUAUGUCAUGGUUUGUCAGCCGCAAUACAGUUAACAUUUCAAAAUUAUUUUAUGGACUGGCUUGCAACGAAAAACAAAUCUAUCGCAAAUUCUGCAGCAAAUUUUCCUUGGUCGAAAGUUUUCUUCUUGGUUACUAUAGGUUACGCGCUCCAUUUGAGCAUAUUGUAUCCAUCAUUGUGCUCGAAAUUUAUGCAUAAAAUUGCAGAUGCAGUAGUGUCUUGCAGGUUCAGAGAAGUAAGGAAACAUACCUUCAGAGCCAUUUUUAGUAACGUCACGAAGUAAUACAAUAUUUUUUUAAUUGAAAAAUAAUGAAAUAUAUAUAGUGUUCAAAGAGAAU